CGCAUAUUGUCGAUUGGCACCACUGCAAGUUGACAUUUCAAUCACCUAACCUUCCACGAGUUUAACAAUAUAAACUUGCGAAUUAUUACUGAAGUUUGCAGUUUUCAGUAGCGUGAAACCUCUCUCCAACCCCCUUUUUUUGUCCUUUAUGUUCAAGCACAGCCGUCACCCUGUAUCUCAAAUACCAGAAAAUGUCUCACGAACUGUACAUCUGCCGAAAAUUUAUACCCAUAACACGGCACGACAAAUGCAACUGCGCUCUGGUCAGCUUAAUGCCUUUCUUCGAAUACAACGACUUGUCGACAUGGUCAGAAUUGGUUUCGAUCGUAGCAAAUAGCGACCUAAUCUCGCUAAAGCGGCACAUUGACGAGCACAAGAAGUUGCGAGUGGCCGACAGACAUGGGAAUAGUCCGCUUCAUCUUUCUGUUAUUUUUAAUAAAAUGGACGUGUUCGACUACUUGAUGUCUAUGGAGACUUUAAAUAUUAACGCUUUAAAUCGUUAUGGACAGACUUGUAUGCACUUAGCUGUGGUUAAUGACAACGAGGAGGUUCUCAAACGAUUGAUUAAAAGAGGGGCUGAUGUUAAUUUAGCUGACGAGUCGUGUUGUAGUCCACUACAUGCAGCUGCAGCACGAUACGUCCCGAGAAUAGUUGAAGUUUUGCUCGACAACGGGGCUGAUUUAAACUGCCAGAAUUUACUAGGAAAGACUGCGUUGUACCAUGCUUGUCAGUACGGUACAGUGGAUAGUGUCUACAUGUUGUUGUAUUACGGGGCUGCGGCUAGCAUAACCGACGUGUACGGAGUGCUACCACUCACAGCCUCCAUGCAACAAUCAAUGAACUGUGAAGACAUCCCCCAGUCACACCUAGAAUGCCACGAAGUCCUCUUCAACUACACUUUCGAACGUAAAAAAACUAGCGUCAAUCUCAGCACCGUCGCAGUCGCUAUGAAAAUCGGCUCCCCUCUAUUCCCCCAAAUUUUGCGCAAAAUCAACCACGUGAAGUACUCGAGACACGAUUUAAUGGAUUUGUGUCGAAACGCCAUCUAUAUCAAACCCGAAUAUUUCAGGAUGUUCACGGCAAGGUUUGGGUACGUCGUUCGAGAGAUGCUCCUCAGCCCCCCAGAUCUCCACCACAGACUCACAAUGGGCGAAAACGUGGACGUCGGAGUCGUCAAACUAAUGGAAUUCAUGACCAUGCUCUUCGCGUUCCGGCCUACUUUUAACUUCGUCAAAGGCUCGUCAAGCUUCACCUACAUCGUCAACUUUCUCGUGAAUCUCUACAAAGAAAAGCGCCUGUCGAUGCCGAUCUUGAAACAAAUGGUGUACUUUUUGUUCAGUCAUGGGUUACCUUGUGAACUCGUUCACAUUGUCAUGGUUUACCAGACUUGCGGUUUUUGCGAAAUUCUCAGAUUUUUGUUAGAUUUGGACGUUGUUGUCACGUUCGAGCGUCCGAAAGCGGUCAUGCCGUACUUAAUUCACGAUAUAAAUCUCACUAUUGAUACGUUUAUGGUUAUGGUCGGGCGACCGUGUAAGGCGUACAGGGAGGCACUGAAGUUUUUCGCCACCCCGAAGGUAAGGAAUUGGUUUGGGACGACGCCGGGGUUCAGACGCAAGUUGGACAAGUUGCCUUCGGUUCCUAGUUUGAUUGAGUUGUCGAGGGAGGUUUGUAGGAAACAUAUUAUCGAUACGUUCGAGAUUAAGAGGACUAGAGACUUCUAUCGUUUGCUUAAGCGGAUGCCGAUCAAUGAAGUGUAUAAAAAAAUACUUACGUAUGAGAGGGAGUUGUACAGGUUUAAAUAGGCACCCACAUUUGAAGGGGGCGGAGUUGGCGCUUUUAAUGGUGUUUGGGAUUUGUUUUGAGUUUCGUUAAUUUAUUUAUGUUGUGCAAGCGUUUUAAAUAUAUGGUAUUUAAUAUGACGUGCAAGUGCGAUUUUUUAAAUUUGGUUGUAACGAAAGUGGGUUGGUACCACGUAAGCGAGGUAAAAAUACCCAAUGUUUGAAUACAAUGUAAAAAUGUUUAGAAUGUAUGAAAGGAAUUGUUCUAUCUGAAUAAAGAAAACCAUCUGCAAAUAUUAACGAAA